AGUUUGCCCACUUGCUGUGCGCAAUGAUGGUGCUGCCAACCUGGCGUUUUGUGCAAAUGAAUUUCUCUCGGUGGUGAAAUAAUGACUAAGCAAAUAGAAUGGAUUUUAAUCAGAGUUUCGAGGACAUAGAAAGCCAGCUGGAUAACUUCGUGAUACGCAAGAAUCAACAGAGUGAAAAGUCCACGGGCAAAUGUGGUCCGGAGGUCCACGACAACGUGCCGCUGACCAUAUCCCAGAUUGAGCGCGCAACUCAGGAUCCGGAGAACGAGAAUGUGUUCAUCACAGACGACGUGCAUCCGAUUCACUUCUGCACCUGCAUCAUCUACGCCUUUGUAACUGGCAAUGGAACGCACAACGAGUCGUUCAUGAAGUUCAUGAUCGAUGAUGGCACCGGCUCCCUGGAGGCCAGCAUCACCAAAAAACCCUUCAAUGGACGCGUGAUCAGCAGCCUGUACAGUGAAGCCAGUUCGCUGGCCUCGUCCGAGGCCUACAAGAGCAUUGCCGUGAGCAUGAUGCGGCUGCUGCAGGUCUCCAUGGAGUACAUUGAUCCCACGCGCAUCUCGAGGGGCCACAGCCUAUUCCUGCGCGGUCGUCCGAAUAGGUUCCGCGGCAAGAUGGGUCUGGACGCUUUUCAGUUCUUCAUAGACAGCGGCCGAUCGCGGAAUAUGGAAAUUGGCUUCGUAGACUACCUAACCGACUGGCAACGAAGGCAUAAAACAAUGCAGAAUACAACAAAUAAAUAGUAUCGUUGGUUUUUUGUAUUGAAAUUUUACUGGUAAUAAAAAUUCAAAAAGUUUUAAAUAAGGAG